CAUCUCGUCCGAUCUCGUCUGAUCUCACCCAACUAGAGAAGCAGAAUUAGUCUCAAGUGGAGGUCGAGCAGUGAACAAAUAAUUGUUUGAAGUAAGAUUUGAAGUGGAAGUUGCAUGUGACAUCCUGAAAGGUCCAUCAUGCAGAUUUUUGUGAAAACCCUUACUGGUAAAACCAUCACUUUGGAAGUGGAGGCAUCAGAUACUAUUGAGAAUGUCAAAACCAAGAUUCAGGAUAAAGAAGGCAUUCCACCAGACCAGCAAAGAUUGAUCUUUGCUGGCAAGCAGCUUGAAGACGGCCGAACACUGUCUGACUAUAAUGUCCAGAAGGAGUCUACUCUUCACCUUGUUCUCAGGCUUCGAGGGGGGAUGCAAAUUUUUGUAAAGACACUGACUGGUAAAACCAUCACACUGGAAGUGGAGGCAUCAGAUACUAUUGAGAAUGUUAAAGCCAAAAUUCAGGAUAAAGAAGGCAUUCCUCCAGACCAGCAGCGUUUGAUCUUUGCUGGCAAGCAGCUGGAAGAUGGCCGAACAUUGUCGGACUACAAUAUCCAGAAGGAGUCCACUCUUCAUCUGGUUCUUAGACUUCGUGGAGGAAUGCAAAUAUUUGUGAAGACUCUUACUGGCAAAACUAUCACAUUAGAGGUAGAGGCAUCUGACACAAUUGAAAAUGUGAAGGCAAAAAUCCAGGACAAAGAAGGCAUCCCACCAGAUCAACAGAGACUGAUCUUUGCUGGUAAGCAGCUGGAAGAUGGACGAACCUUGUCAGACUACAAUAUCCAGAAAGAAUCUACUCUUCAUCUAGUUUUGAGGCUUCGAGGAGGCAUGCAGAUAUUUGUAAAGACACUGACUGGCAAAACCAUUACUCUUGAAGUGGAAGCUUCAGAUACAAUAGAGAAUGUGAAGGCAAAAAUUCAAGACAAAGAAGGAAUUCCUCCAGACCAGCAGAGGUUGAUAUUUGCUGGCAAGCAGCUGGAGGAUGGACGUACAUUAUCAGAUUACAACAUCCAGAAAGAGUCAACACUCCACCUUGUACUUCGUCUUCGUGGGGGACAGCUGUAGAGUUCUUUAGUUUUUCUUUCAGUGCCUGGACUUAUGUUUCAGUUUUUGGGAAUGAGAAAGAUUUGGUUAUAUUCACAUUGUAUUCAAUUUUGCCUUUAAGGUUGAUUUAUAAAAACACUUAAAAUGUGUCGUGUAAUUUUAAAAGGAGUUUCAAUAAAUACUUCAUUGUACUGAUGUAAUGGGUAAUUGAAAUAAAGGACAUUGCAUUAUAGUUUAUUGCA